AGGGACCGUCUGUCGCGGGACGGUCUGGGCAGCUAGGGCGCUGGGCCGGGAGGAGGCGGCAGGAGCAGUAACAGCCGGAACAACAACAGCCGCGCCGCGCGGAGCCGCGCGGAGCCGAGAGCCGCGCCGAGCCCAGCCCAGCCCAGCCCAGCCGUGCCGCGCCGCGCCGCGCCGCGCCGUGCAGUCACCGGCUCCCCGCGCCCGCGCCCGUGAUCGCGAUGGCCCUGAAGAGCCCCGAGUCCGGAGGAGAGAAGGGGCCCUGGGAGGCGGAGGACAAGGAGCCGGCGAGCAGCCCCGAGCCCGAGCUCACGGUGAGCACCCGCAGCCCCGGCUCCGGCCCCGGCCCGGGCUUCCAGCCCCCCGAGGGGGGCUACGGCUGGCUCGUGGUGUUCGCCGCCACCUGGUGCAACGGCUCCAUCUUCGGCAUCCAGAACUCCUUCGGGAUCAUCUACACACUGCUGCUGGAGGAAGAGAAAGGGGAGAAGAGCCAGCAAGAGUUUAAGGCAGCAUGGGUUGGAGCCCUCGCUAUGGGAAUGAUCUUCUUGUGUUCCCCUAUCGUGAGCAUCUUCACUGACCGGAUGGGCUGCAGAAUCCCAGCGACAGCGGGGGCGGCCAUCGCCUUCAUCGGCCUCCUCACCAGUUCCUUCACCAGCUCCCUGGAGGCCCGCUUCUUCACCUACGGCAUCCUGUUUGGCUGUGGGAGUUCCUUCGCUUUCCAGCCUUCUCUGGUCAUCCUGGGCCACUACUUCCAGCGGCGCCUGGGCCUGGCAAAUGGGGUGGUAGCUGCCGCCAGCAGCCUCUUCUCCAUGUCCUUCCCUUUCCUGAUGAAGAUGCUGGGGGAAAAGAUCAAGCUGGCACACACCUUCCGGGUGCUCAGCAUCUUCGUGCUAAUUCUCAUGUUCCUCUCACUGACCUACCGGCCCCUCCUGCCCACAACCCACAGCUCCAGGGCCAAGAUGGGCCGGAGCCUCCGGCAGCAGUGUCUAGGCCACUUGACCAACUACUGUAACAUGAGGGUCUUCUAUCACAGGACCUAUCGCAUCUGGGCAUUUGGCAUCGCCACUGCCGCUCUGGGCUAUUUCAUCCCCUACGUGCACUUGAUGAAGUAUGUGGAUAAGCAGUUCACUGGGGAGAAGAAGAUCAAGGACACCUGGGUCCUCUUGGUGUGUAUCGGAGCCACCUCAGGCAUUGGACGCUUGGUGUCUGGCCGGAUCAGUGACUCCAUUCCAGGCCUAAAGAAGAUCUACCUACAGGUCAUCGCCUUUAUGCUCCUGGGCCUAAUGUGUAUGAUGAUCCCUCUAUGCAAAGGAUUUGGUGGCCUCAUCGUCGUCUGCCUCUUCCUUGGCCUGUGUGAUGGCUUCUUCACCACCAUCAUGGCGCCUGUCGCCUUUGAACUUGUUGGGCCCAUGCAGGCAUCUCAGGCCAUUGGCUACCUCCUAGGCAUGAUGGCACUGCCCAUGACUGCCGGGCCCCCCAUAGCAGGUCUCCUCUACAACCGUUUUGAGAACUACCACGUGGCCUUCUACUUUGCCGGCGUGCCCCCCAUGAUUGGAGGCAUAAUCCUCUUCUUUGUCCCACUGUUCCAUCGGAAAACGCCCAAGAAGCAGGAGAUAGACUCCAGCAAGGACAAGAUGCUGGCCUCAGACACCAUCAUGAACGGAGAGCUGCUGCCCGGGGCCCCCACCACAGAGGCUCACAUCUAGCGCCCUGCCCCACCCCAUUGCUGCCUCCCCCUGGCAUUCGCUCUCUGGCCUCCAGAACCUCUCCCUCAGCCCAGCCCUGGGCAUUUCCUGCACCCCUUUGGGUGCUCUGUGUUCAUUAGCCAAGCUCUCCCCAUUAAUGCCUUGUACCUUGUGCCAUGAGAUGGAAAGUAUCUCUGGUGGCUUUUCUCUUGACUUUUGGACUCUCCCCAGGGAUUUUCCGAUCUCCCAGUGAGGUUGGGGAGGUAUGUUAACAUCGUGGCCCCAGCUUGGAGGCCACCAGUGGAAACCAACUUCUGAUAGUGGUCCCUCCGGUCCCAGGAGCCUUUGGGGCAGAUCCAGGCCCCCGAGCGCUGACGAGUGAGUCACCCACACGGUCCGUCUAUCUUUGGGAAUAGUAGGGAAGGAACAAAUGCAGAUGUCAUUGAAUACUAGUGCAUCCCCCAACUCGAGUGAUACCUCUCCUCAAGCUCUUGGGAGCUCCUUCCUAGCGGCUCUGAGCGCACCAGUGGGAGGCUUUGAUGGUUGGCUAUCUAGCCCCUUUCCCUUGGAGGCAGCUGCUUCUUUCUUCUGUUACUUGGCUUCUUCCCUCCUUUCUUCCUCUGUUUCUUCUUGUUAUAGGGUGCUGGGACAGAGGAGUGAGCCAACCAACUAACAAGUGUCUAUUAAGUGCCAGGAACUCUUCUAGGUGCUAGGCCAUGCCCUUCCAAGUACGGGGUGGGGUGGUCUGUCCGGUCUCAUCCAGUCCCACCAGCACCAAAUCCACUCAGUGGCAUACGUGGCUCUGUGUGGACCAAGAUCAGUCAUAAUAGAGACUGAGCCCUCCUUUUGUUUUCCCUAUAUACAGAAUGAGCGGGGUAUUGGACCUUGUCGUAUCUCUGAGGUUUCAUCCAGUUCUAAAUCUUUGAAUUCCACAAACCAUAUUGUCCUGGGGUGAGGAUGGGGUGGGGUAGGGACAGGUAGAGGUUCUACUCCUUGACUGUUUAUGCUCAUAGAUCCUCCGGAUGCCAGGGUCUGAGUUGGGUGGGGAGGGGAGGGCUGUCCUCCAGGAACACCUCCUCUGCCUCUCAUCUCAAGCUCAGCAAUCCUUGGGCCUGUUGGGAGCUCCGUCACCAGCUGCCACCAGGGUGCUUGGCAAGUGAUGGGAGCCUGGCUGUUCCAAAGCUUUUAACAUUGACCUGCAUGAGGCAAAUGCAGGCCGAGGCCUCUGCUAUCCUCAUUCGGAACCUCUGGCCAACGUUCUGGUCAUCACUCCUUUCAUCCCCAGGCUGUACCCCUUCCAUAAACAUGUAGCAGAGGGAAAUCCAUAGUUAAUUCAGACCAUUGCCAGGGAGACAAUUGACCUUCUCUAAUCCAAGCUGACCUCAGAAACUUUGCUCCAGGUCCUCAUGCCUCUCUCCUUUAGUUACUACAAGAAGCCCUGUGUACGUAACUUUUCGCUCACAACUGAGUCCUGUACCAACUCCAUUAAGAACACAAAAUCCAAGCCCCUGGUCAUUGUGUCCCUUCCCCUCUCUUAGGCUCAGUUUCCUCUUGUAAGAUGGGGGUAUUGAACCAAAUGAACUUUAGUGUUUGUCAGCCCGGUCUAGGAGCCUGUCUCUGAUUCUAAUGGCAGGUGGGUAUUAUGGGGAAAGGGCUGCCCCUAGGCCUGGUCUAGGAGCCUGUCUCUGACUCUGUAAUGGCAGGUGGGUAUUAUGGGGAAAGGGCUGCCUCUGGGCCCGGUCUAGGAGACUGUCUCUGACUCUGUAAUGGCAGGUCGGUAUUAUGGGGAAAGGGCUGCCCCUAGGCCUGGUCCCAGAGAUGGACCCCAGCCACCUGUAGGGAAUGUCUGAAGCUAGAGAAGAUGGAUGGGAGGGUUUCAUAGGACAAUGGAGAACCAUCCUUUCCUCCUGCCCUUUAAGUUGUUGAGGGGGAAAUUCAUUUGCCUCUAUCUGAGCCCACUGCCACACCGGAGCUCUCUGGGCUCCUCUGUUUAGGAGGUGGAAAGAGGGAGCUGGCAUUUCCCCAGCAUCGAGGGGCGCCCAGGCAGGAGUCUGACCCUAGCUAAUGCAGGCACAAAAGCUGCCAGGAAUAGACAGCCCUGGCCCCGGCCUCUCUCUCUGAAGCAGAUGCCAGCUUCUUGUCCCUGCCUGGGCCCUGGGCAGCAGUCCUGCUGAAUACCUCCCCAAAUGCCCCUGGUCUGAGAACAAAGGGAACCAUCAGGGCCACUUGAAGACUUGCUCAUUAGGCUUGGAACAGCCACACUAGGGCCCCUUCCCCGCCUCUCUCCACUUGGGCCUCUGGCUUUGUGUCUUAAUGUGUGCAUCUCUGUGUCCCCACACUGGCUGGUGCUCUGGGGCAUCAUUAGUGUGGCAUUGAAAGAGGGCCCCUGGGGAACUUUGCCCCUUCUGCCCUCUAGGCCAUGAGGGCAGAUAAGGGCCUUGGGGGCCCCUACAGAUUUCCUCCUGGACCCUGGUUUGUCUGAAACAAAACCACUCAACCAAACAUGGGAAAGAGACGAUCCCACACUGAGGUUGUUUUCCAAACCAUGAAGUUUUACUUUACAGACUGGCAGCCAGGAGGGCCUUGGCCAGGACAAGGGUUGGCGCCUAACUUCUUCCCAGUCCAGGGCCCUCGGCCCCUUUGGCUAGGUACCCCCCUUCCCCCGCCCCUUUUCCGGCCGCCUGGAAAGAACGCUGGAUUUGGAAUCCAAAAAGCUGCCUUUGAAUCUCAGCUUUGUCACUGUGUGACCUUUAGGGAGUCUCUUCCCCUCUCCAGACCUCAGUUUCCUCACCUUUAAAAUGAGAGGGUUGAAGUAGAUGAUCUCUAAGGGCCCCAAAUCCUAUAAUCUGUAGCAACAGAGACAUUCCAGGCCUAAAACCUGUUAAGCCUUGCUGAACUAGAAGGGUGGGCAGGGGAGGAAUGAGAGAACAUGGGGUUUUGUUUUGAAUGCUUGGAGACUUCCUGCCUACCAAGGGCCUUCUGUUUCUGCCUGGCAAGAAGGCAGAUUUCCUGAUACCUGUAACACCUAGGAACUUACCAGUAAUGGCUGUUGGUAACUUAAGAGCAGCUGUCUGGCCAUUCCUAGACCCAGAUUCAUCACUGAGAACGGUCUCCUACACCUGUGUCACCCUGACCCUCCUCCACAAAGAGGGCCGCCCCCUUGGCCUUCCUGCUGGCCCAACAGUGGCCCUGCUGACUGAUGGGAAACAUAGCCCCUUGGUCAGUUUCUCCUGUUGCAGUUGGUUGCCUAACCUCUCCUUCCUGUCUGGAUGAACAACAGAAGGGGUGAGUCCCCCUCCCCUGAAUCAGCCAAGGCCACAUGAUGGAAGCUGCCUCUUUGCCCCCCAAAUGUGUGUAUGUGGCCUAGGUCUUUGGGGAAAGUUGGCCACAGGAGCAUAAUAUUCAUUUUGAGUCUAGUAAGUGGCCAGGAUCUUACAUGAAGGCUGGGCCAUGAGCAGCAGGACAAGUUAGAAGUCACAAGGGCAGUGGAGGGGCCUUUCCAGUCUUCCCCAGCAGAAAGUCAAAGCAGACCUCAAGGCCUGCUGCUUGGGGGCAUGGACAUUGAAAUCCUGGAGGAGUUUGGGACAAAUAAACAAAAGUGCAAACUUUGCCUUGGUAUGUGCACUGGCUCCCAGGGUGCAACAGGCUUGACCCUGUGAACGGCAGGAAGUUUGGCUUUGGGACCGAGGAGGCCACAGUCUUGUUUGAAAUCCCCAAAUCUGCAUUCUCUGCCAGAGCGGAAAUUGGAAAUGGAGCCGUGCAGGGGGCUGGGUUGGGCUGCUUUGGAGUGGAUUCUUUCUUCUCAGCUCAAAUGGAAAAAGUGGUUCCUUUCAAAAAUGGAAACUCCAGGGGCGGCUAGCAUGGCAUCAUUCCUCUGGCCAGGUAGCAGCCCAAGGGGUCGAGGGGUGGUGAGGAGGGCUCUCUCUCUGGUGUUGGGAUUGGUUAAUAGUAAAGAGUACCACCAUGACUGAGCUUUGAGGCUCAGUGCCCUCAAAUGGCCAUUACUGGGAAAGCCUUGGAAAGGGCUCCAUAUACCUAGAAACAGGCCACCCUCGGUUCAGCUAAGAAUUUUUUUUAACUUUUUAAAACAUUUUUUUUUCAACUAACAAGCAUUUAUUUUCUCUUCUACCUCCCCCUACCCUCAUUAAAAGUUGUUAAGGAUUGAAUAUAUUGCUUCCUCCCAGGGGGAUCAGAGGAUAGAGGGAGAGGGUGGUAGAAUUUUAGGCACUUGGAGGAGAGUGACAUAUAACAACCCAUAAAUCAUACCUUGCAUAGGACAGCACAGGACAGAGAGUCUGGAGGCCUGGGUUCAAAUUCCAUCUCUGCCACUUACUAGUCAGAUGACUUUGGGCAAGUCCUCUCUGGGCCUCAGUUUCACCAUCUGCAAGAUGGCCACUAAGGUCCACUUGAGCGCUAACAUUUUAUUUAUACGCCCCCUGAAUGAAAGGUAUCAGUUUCUUUAAGAUCUGGAUGGGUUAGAGAGAUCACCACUGCUGUACUCCACCCCCUCAUCCGUACCUCCAAGCCGCACAAAGAGUACAGAUGAGGGUUUAUUGAAGGCAGGAGACAGAUGGCUCAUUUCCCUGCUACCUAUACCUGCUGAGAAAAAAGUGAAGCUUGGGAGGUUUUUCCAAUUCAUUCUCCCUGCAGGGUAAUGUGGUUUCUUGUCUGACCCUGGUGCCAGACUAAUUCUGCCCCCCAUCCCCCAGCUCUGCCUGCUGGGGCUCAUUACUCAGCCCCAACACCUAGCUCCUACCUACCACCCAAGGUCACAAGCUUCUCCCUGGCCUUCCCCCAAUCCCAAGCACUCACCUCCACCCCCACCUCAGCCCUCCACAAGCCCCCAGGCCUCAGCCUGUGUUUGAUCACCCCAAAUCAUUAGAUUUCAAAGCUGGCGAAUCCCAUAAUUUUUAUGAGCAUUUUCUCUCCUCCCUUUCAUCUCUGGGAAGGCAGCAGACCUACCUCCCUCACACGGUUAGCCGCAGUUGCUGGCUCCAUCAAGAGGUAUAAGAAAGGUGCCAGCACUUGAAGGGUUAAACGAUGCCUUUGGGUUGAGGCCUGGCAUCUCAGAAGAUCUCUUUUGACUGGUGGACAUCCCUGGGAAGGGGACAGAUACAGGCCCAGGACUGCUGUAGGACAGGAGAUCAGAGGGACCAUUCAACAGGCAGAAUGGAGGCUAGAGGGAGGCCUGAGCCUAGAUUCUUCUGGUCAGGGCUAAUGUCUGCACGUCUUGGCCUACAGCAGGCCCAAGAGCACUUUCAAGCUUGCCUGCCUUUGGUCUUGCGCUCACCUCAGCCUCUGGAAUUACCCCUGGGCCUCACCAUUCCACUGGCUUCAUAGUCUGGCCUAGUCCUGUCUGGUCCACCAUCUCCCAAAGCAGGUUGCCUUCUUAUGAGGCCCGGGGUUCCUGUCUGCUUCUCCGUCCUUUAGGCUUUUCCUCCAGCAGCUGGCUGCUCCCCAGCAAAGCCUGGCAGAAAGAUUCUGGUGGCCCUAGAAUUCCCUCUGCCUCUCACCCGACCUGAGGCUGUUGGGCUGGCCCCACUCAGAGGGCCACUAGGGCCUCCCGCUUGGCUCCCCUAGAAUGCCAGCCCUGCCUCCACUCCAGGAAGGGCCAGGGCACAGCCUUCCCAUCAACAUCCCUCCUGGGCCCUUUGUCCUGGGUCAUGUCCACCUCUGAGAGCUAGUUGGCCUCCACACCAGUGGGACAAGCAGGAGGGAGCUCUGGGCAUCGAGGCAAGGUCUGCCCCAUACAAUAUCUCGCCUGGCCUUCCUGGAAACAGAGUUGUGUAUCCACAUGUAUUUUCCUCUUUCUUCUCCAAUUUGCUGUUACAAUGUGCUGAGCUUUUCUGACGUUCGCAAAACCCAGCUGCUCACAGACUGGCCCUCUUCCUCAGCCAAGAGCUGCCCUUCAGAAGACUCUGAGAUUAUAUUCCACACCUCUCAAGUAUUGUAUUAAAAGGUGACAAUCCUUC